AUGACAGAUUACAAAACCCGAGAGCACGAGCGUCUUGUCGAAGACAAGAACCGCACCAAGUACUGGAAGAAAUGGGGGCCCUACCUGUCUGAGCGGCAGUGGGCCACUGUUCGUGAGGACUAUUCGGCUGAUGGCGACGCCUGGUCGUACUUCCCGCACGAACACGCCCGAUCCCGCGCUUACCGUUGGGGUGAGGACGGCAUUGCCGGCGUUUCCGACAGCCACGCUCGCCAAUGCAUUUCGUUUGCGUUUUGGAACGAGCGGGACGGCAUCCUCAAGGAGCGCCUGUUUGGUCUCACAGGCCACGAGGGCAACCACGGUGAGGACGUCAAGGAGGAAUACUUUUACGUUGACAACACUCCAACCCACUCGUACAUGAAUUACUUGUACAAGUACCCCCAGCGUGAGUUCCCUUACGAAAAGCUCAAGGUGGAGAACGCCAACCGAUCCCGCAUGGAGCCCGAGUACGAGUUGCAGCAUACCGGCAUUUUCGAGGAGAAUCGUUACUUUGAUAUUUUCAUUGAGACCGCAAAGGACGAUGAGGAGCCCGAGACAAUGUACUUCAAGAUCACUGCCUACAAUCGCGGACCUGAGCCCGCUUCGUUGCACUUGCUGCCCCAGUCAUGGUUCCGCAACACUUGGAGCUGGGGUGACCGCAAGGUCUGUGAAGAGGUGCCCAAGUCUAAAGCAAUUGCUGAUGAUGUUGUCGAGACUCACCAUAACGAGCUCGGAACUCGCUACUUCCAUUUCGAGACCCCCGAGGGCACCGCUCCUCAAUUGCUUUUCACCGAUAAUGUAACAAACAAAACAAAGCUUUACGGUGAAAGUGAGAAGAACGAAUCCAAGUAUGUCAAGGACGCUUUCCACGAGCAUAUUGUUGAUGCUAAGCCCGACGUCGUCAACCCCGAGCGGGUCGGCACGAAAUUCGGCGCUUGGUACGAAUUCAAGGAUAUUCCCGCCGGAGAGGCUGCCAUUGCUCGUUUCUCUUUCUCCAAGCACAAGCCCCAGGGCGAGUUCAACAGUGAAGCAGUCGACAUGAUCUUUGACGACCGCUUGCAGGAUGCUGACGAUUUCUACUACAGCGUCAGUCCUAUGCCUCUUCCUGAGGACGUGCGUAUUGUUCAGCGUCAAGCCUUUGCCGGUAUGUGCUGGACCAAGCAGUACUUCAACUACGUGUAUACGGAGUGGGCAGACGGCGACGACUCUCAGGUGCCUCCUCCACCUCAGCGCCGAGGCAUCCGCAACACACAAUGGAAGCACUUGUAUAUCGAUGAUGUGCUGAGUAUGCCAGACAAGUGGGAGUAUCCUUUCUUUGCAGUCUGGGACACUGCUUUCCACUGUUUGCCAUUGGCUAUGAUCGAUCCCGAAUUCGCCAAAAAGCAGCUUGAUCUCAUGACCCGCGAGUGGUAUAUGCACCCCAACGGUCAGAUCCCAGCUUAUGAGUGGAAUUAUAGCGAUGUGAACCCUCCUGUGCAUGCUUGGGCCACCUUCCGUGUGUUCAAGAUCGAGCGCCGUAUGACCGGCAAGGAAGACUUGGACUUUUUGGAGCGCGUCUUCCAGAAGUUGUUGCUCAACUUCACCUGGUGGGUCAACCGUAAAGAUCAGCAUGGCCGCAACGUGUUCGAGGGUGGCUUCCUUGGUUUGGAUAACAUUGGUUUGUUCAACCGUUCUGAGCCAUUGCCCACCGGUGGUGUUCUUGAGCAGGCCGAUGGUACUGGCUGGAUGGGUUUCUACGCCCUGCAGAUGCUGAACAUUGCUUUGGAGUUGUCCAAGAAGCGUCCUGUCUACGAGGAUAUCGCUUCCAAGUUCUUUGAGCAUUUCUUGUUCAUUGCCGACGCCAUGUCUUAUACUGGCAAGAACAACGACCGCUCCCUGUGGUCCGAGGAGGACGGCUUCUACUAUGACGUGAUUUCCUGGGCCGAUAGCUCUGUUGCCCUUCCGGUGCGUUCGCUUGUUGGCUUGAUUCCCCUGUUUGCAUCGCUGACUCUUGACGCCGACGUUCUGGUGCGUUACCCCAAGUUUGCUCGUCGUGUUGCGUGGUUCAUUGAGAACCGUCCCGAAAUGUCGGCCCGAAACAUUGCUAGUUUGAAGGACCGUGGUACCAAGAACCGUUUGCUACUGUCUUUGGUUAACCGCGAUCGUCUCAAGCGCAUUCUUGAACGCAUGUUGGACCCCAAAGAGUUCUUAUCCGAUUUCGGCAUCCGCUCCAUGUCCAAGUACCACAAGGACCACCCUUAUUCUUGGGAUGUCAAUGGCCAGAGGUUUGUUGUUGACUACGUUCCUGGUGAUUCCACCUCGGGCAUGUUUGGUGGUAACUCCAACUGGCGUGGUCCCAUUUGGUUCCCCACGAACUUUUUGCUUGUCGAGUCUCUUCAGCGCUUCUAUCUGUUCUAUGGUGACGACUUCAAGGUCGAGAUUCCCGGCCAUUCCGAGCCUCUCAACCUUGCCCACGCCGCUACCGAUCUGCAGCAUCGUCUGAUCCGCUUGUUCUUGCGCGACGAGAAGGAAGGCCGUCGUCCGUAUAAUGGUGGUGAAGACCUCUUUGACUUUGACCAGCACUUUGAUGACCUGGUGCUGUACCACGAGUUCUUCGACCCCGACACCGGCCGCGGACUGGGCACCAAGCACCAGAACGGCUGGACGGGUCUGGUGGCCAAGCUGAUUCACGACACCGGCAUGUCGAUUCACGGAAACCUGGAGCUGGGCAGUGCCAAGGAGGCUGCUAAGGCAUUCUUCGAUGAGGAGUUCGAGACCAAGCGCGAGGCUCCUCGCUCCCGUCACCACGGCCGCCGCAACAGCCGUAUUCCGUUGAGCCGCACCCCGAGCUCCACUAGCACCCACCAGGUUGUCCAGAGCAUCGGCAAUCUGCUGGAGAAGUACCAGCUCGGCGAGGAGGACCUCGAGGACCUCGAGUCGUCUCAGCGGGUGGAUAGCACCGACUAA